AUGAGGUCGAUCCAAUUUUUAUUGGGCCUUCUGAUUCUACAGCCAUGGCUCGUGACGACGGCGUUUGUCACGUAUGAGGCAUCGGCUUCCUUCCCCUUGUGCUCCAACUUCUCCCUUGAGAGCAAUCAUCAGAUCGGCUUCUUGUUCGGGUAUGUCGAGAACGACGGCGCCAAGAACCGUACGUCACCUUACCUUCCUCUCAAUGCGACGUGUCAAUGUACAUCGCCGCACAGUCUCUUCAUGAAUUUCUCCGCUCAGACGCUGGAUACAUACAAUGCUGUGGUUGCGCUGUUUGAAGCAGGGAAAGGAUCUCAGAAUUCAACUUUCAAAGGGAACGCCACUGUGAGCAACCAUUCCAGCCCGACCAAUCUCACUCACUCCAACGCCUCCGCCUCGACCACCAACUUGACUAACGUGAAUGUCACUAACGUGAAUGUCAGUGAAGCAAACAGCAGCGUUACAAUGGACAUGAAUGCUUCUUCGAGCUCCUCCUCCAACCUCACGAGCAACACGAGCUCUAGUACGAAUGUUUCGACGAGAUCCUUUGAGGGCUGGGGCAGAAAGCCGGGGCGGGUGUUGACCUCCACGUCGAUUCCAUUGAUCAAUGUCUCAUGCUUGAGCCCGUCGGAUGCGGAAGCACUUUGUAAGAAGCUGAGCAUUGCGAACGAAUACUGUCCCUCAGCGACAGACAUAGUGAUUGUAGUGCAGAAGAACAUUGUGGUGAUCAACAACAUCACUAAAGUCGUUGUGCAAGCAGCCACAAACAAUGAUUUCGUAACGGCGCUACAAAAGGAGAUCGCAGCAUUCCUGACUUCAUUCUCCUCGUCAACAUUCUUCAUCGGCAGCAACAUCGGCAUAGGAAAAGCAGCCAACAUAGGAAUGGAUUGGAACGAGGACGAAGAAAUUCAAGCUUCAACUGCUGAUUCUCGCACGAUGAGCAUGCUGGGCUACUUGACCAUGGCUUUCGGUCACGGAAGAUCGACACACUUCAAGGUCAUGUUCAACGCAACUCGCAAUGAGUCCAGCGGGCAACUCUACUUCAUAGGCUCCCCCAUCCGCCAGUCAGACGUGCCUCCUGUCUUCUACUCGCGGUACAUCAUGUGGCUCUUCACCACUCCCUCCCCCAUCUUCCUCCUCUGCCACUUCGCCAACGCGCUGGAGACUUUCAUGGGAUCUGCGGCGCUCGACUGGAUGAUGAUCUUGUGCGGGAUGGCUGCGAUCUAUGUGAAGCAAAGAUCCGCAGAUUUCGCUCAUGCAGAUGUUGCACUUGUCGAGUGUGUGGGAUGCAGCAACACGAAUGUGAUCGUGUGGGUUCUGUUUGCUAUCGCAAGUCUCUUCUUCGUCGUUCUCCUCUAUCGGGCAGCGAUAAAGUUGAUUGUUAUUGGAGAGCGAUCAACGCUUGAAAUCGACAAGAAGCUGGCUUAUCGCCGACUGCUUCUGUUUGUGAUGAUCACCUGGAGCGCGUUCCCGAUCCUCUGGUUCUUCAGCGACAAAGGGUUCGGUCUGAUGCCUUCAGACUGGGAGGUUCUGCUGUACGUCAUCCUGGACGUAGUGGCAAAGAUCGGGUUUGCGGUCCUCUACCUGUACGAGCUGAGGUCCUUGCGGUGGAGGAAGAGACUCUCAUAUCAAGAGAACAUAUCCAAGGUGAACGUGAAGACUGAAGUCCCAGCAGAAGAUGGAGGAGCCUCGUCCAUGUCGAGUGGCCGACAUUCGGCGUUGACGUCAACGUCGUCCAAGCAGAGGAAGCAGGCAAGACGAGAGCGACAAGCUCGGCAAGUGAAUCAGCUGGAGAAUAUCGGAAACGACUAG